AUGGCAGCUGUGGAGAAAAAUGCAGUGACCUAUUAUGACGUGCAUGUCAACUUCACUUGGGAAGAGUGGACUUUGCUGAAUCCUUCCCAGAAAAGUCUCUACAAAGAUGUGAUGCUGGAGACCUACAGAAACCUCACGACUAUAGGAUAUAAUUGGGAAGACCAUAAUAUUGAAGAACAUUGUGAAUGUUCUAGAAUACAUGAAAGAUACCACAAGUCUAUGAAGAAAGAAAGUCAAACUGUGAACUCAUUGUGGAAGCCUUAUAUUUGUUAUUCUUCCUUUACUAAGUAUAUCAUAUGUUCCUCUGGAUACAAGCCUCAUGAGUAUAGUGAUGUGAAGAAAUAUAACAUACCUCUCUCUCAGAACAAAUAG